AGUGGGUGGAUGUGUAUUGUCAACUUGCUUUGGUAAUGGUAAUAAAUGUUUAUAGAUUUUUUUUACAAUUAAAAUAAACAUUGUAAAAUUACACAUUGUACUUAAAUGUUUUCUGAACAUAAAUAAGCAGUAAAAGUGUCCCAGUUUACGGAGCUGUGUAGAUAUCAACCAUGGCAGACGUUGGGUUUCCCGGUCAGCAUACCACCACAACAACGGUCACAUCAAGCACCACCGUACAAACAAACAUACGGUUUGACCCAUUGUAUAUAAGGACUAUUCCUGGUAUACUCAAAGUGGUGCAAGUGGUGUGCAGUUUGCUCGGGUUCAUCUGCAUCCAGUUCUCGUGGCUGAAUAACGCGAGCAAGGGCUCCUACUUCAGCUGGAUCUCAAUGGUAGCAUUUUGGUUCACCGGGAUCCUGCUCGGUUUCUAUCUGUUCCACAUCGUGGAGAAGUUUUACAAGAUCCCCUGGCUCAAGAUCGAGUUCGUGUUCUGCUCGCUGUGGACCCUGCUGUACGUCAUCGCCUCCAUCCUCGCCGUCACCGUCCGGGACAACCCUCACUCCGCCGCAGCCUUUUUCGGAUUCGUGGCGACGGCUGCGUACGCCAUGGACGCGUUCGUGAAGUGGCGCGCGGUGCGGGCGGGCGGGCUGGCGCAGGGCUCGCGCGUCGUCUCCAAGCAGACCACCUCCGCCGUCACCACGCCCCCGCCCAGGGAGGGGUACUAGCCACCCCCACAUCCUACCCCCACACUGCCGCAACCCAGGUUUGAGAUUAUCUGAAUGCAAUGUGCACGUAGCAUUUUAAUAAACGCAAUCUGUUUUUACUAUUACAUAAAUAUUAGUCUAA